AUGAAAAACACCCCUCUGUGGGCUGACUCAGUGUUUGGCAUCGACGUCUCAGUGCGAGAACUCCAGAUAAAUCAGGAGACCAGUCCGACAUUUGGAAGACUGCCUGACAUCGUGGAGGAAGUCUACUCUGCCUUAGGUGGAGAUGACAAAAACGUCAACAAGCAAAUGACCAAAAGUAUGCUUAUCUAUUACACUACAGCCAUACUCUGGACACGCUUGCUAGACAUAAAAGCCAAACGCGGAAACGCAAAUUUGCCUUUUGAAGAAAUUGAGUUCUGCAAAGCUAUGGAAACGCAGGAAUAUAACAUACCGCAGCCGCUGUAUCUAUUCUUAAAAGGAAUAGGUGAGGUCAAAGACCUGACCGGUAAAACUGUCAGUCUAGCAGACCACGCCCUACCAAGAGUAGUUCAGCAAGGCCUAGGUGGUUAUCACUCCGCCGUUAUAGACGCAGCAUCUCAUAAUCUCUACGAAGAGAUCUGUGGAGAUAUACUAAUGGCUGAGACAUCGGACGAGGCACACCCCGUACCUAACUUCCGUGUACUCCCAGCCAACAGACGAGCUACUUGUUCUUUGAAUGGGUAUUUCGGAGCGAUAGGCGCAAGAAAGGAAGAAGUGAAGAUACUACUGGAAUCAGUGGGUAUUAGAUCAACCACUUUCGAAGAGCAAAUCGCAGGCACUAGACUCAACGUCAGACUACUGCAAGCCGUCAGCGACUAUUUCGCCGGAUCACCAACGUUCCGAAACGAGAAAGUCAAACUGGAGGCACUAACAGUAGACGGAGAUAGUGCACAAUUCAUCAGAACAAAACCGACUGAUGAGAACGUGAACGCAAACGCGAGCUGGACAGUUAGUCGUCAGACCAACCUCAGCAAACGCGAGCCCCAUCACGACUUUCGGAGCUACCUAUAUUAUGGGAUAGCAGCUCAUGAAAGAGCCUAUUGGACAAAGCAACGCUAA